AUGAUUCUUCCCUGCCAACUCGACUGUCUGAAUCUACUGCUGCUUUUUUCUUUCCUUCUCGCUUCUUCUGCCUGCCUCAACCCACUUAUGCGCCCCGGUGAGACGCAAUCUCAUACUGAGCCUCUUGAUCUCCAUCCUUCCGUUCCGCCCUUCCUCCUUCCUGCCUUCCCACCUUCUCUGUCCGGCCCAAGGCUGCCUGACAGUUGCCCGACCUGUACAUCUGCAUCAACUCCAAUUACCGCCGUCUUACCUCCCGCCUUGGCGUCGUCAAACCUUGGAGAAUCUCAACUUUCAAGCAGCUGCUUGCGCGAGACGCCAGAUGGUCAGAGUAGCUUUGCGACCUUCAUUCUGCUACCGCGACAGCAUGUAUUGAGUUCGCCAAACAGGAUCUCAAUCUUUUUGGUAUCCUGGAGUUUGAUCUGCAUCUUACUCACUGUUUUCUUGGAUUUGGCCAUUGUCCGUGAGCCCACUAUGGCGCUUGUCGACGCUCCCUCCCUGGCCUCUUGUUCAGACUCGUCCCUCCGUAUCGCCCUCCAGCCCGAACCGACGAGGCCUGUUCCUUAUCCGCCGCGUCACAUCGAUUUCGCCAGUGACCUGGAUGAAUCCUUCGAUCAUGUCGAGCUCUCGUCUUACUUGGAUGGCUUGCACAUUGAGGGCAUCGACGUCUUGAACACCUUGGAUAGCAUGACAGCUUUCGGUAUUCCUCUCCACGACAACGACAUGCGCCACUCCGUCGGUGCCAGCCCGUACUCAUUGCCACCCAAUGCACAGGCCAUGUGCCUGCGCGGGCUCAAGCAACGAUCGGUUUACGUCACGCUUCUCGCUUCUCUUCCAACGCUGCCGCUGGGAAUGCGUUCUUCGAUUAAUCGUAACCUCACAGAUAUUAUCCAGUUGCACGAGGAAAUCCUCAGUGAUCUUCAUCGCGUUGUUCCAGACUCGGAGUAUGCGCUGCCUGACUUUCCUCGGCCUCUGGCUGCGUCCACAGGUCACGGCCACCGAAGAUGGCGCAGCCUCGACGCCGUUCCGGAGCACCGCCACCCCGCGCCAUGGGCCAGAGAUGCACCAGGCAUUGGAUCAGAAGCUCAAAUAGCAGGUGAUGUUGCGAGAGUUUUCAGCAGGAAGCCGAUCCAAAGGAUGUGUAAAUAUCCUUUGCUUUUUGCCGAGCUCCUCAAGUACACCCCUGUAGUCGAUGACCCAAAUUCUCAUAUGGAGGUCGAAAGUGCUCUGUUACGGCUUCGAGAGGCAACAGCCGAAAUCAACCGUGCCACGAAUGACGCCUUUAUGAGGACCACCCUGCAAAAGACAUGGAUCUUACAGGAUCGUCUUGUCUUCGUUGAUCAACGCAUCGACGCGGCGACGAAGACCAGGAUACGUUCAUUCGGCCACGUCGAACUUUGCGGUGCCCUUCACGUCUGCUGGCAGGCUCAUGAGGGUGUUUGUGGCCGAUACAUGGUCUGCCUUCUCUAUAAUGACGUGCUGUGUCUGGCGUCGGCAGGCAAGGCUGAUCAGAUUUACACAAUUGAGGCAUGCAUCAGCCUCAAUGGCAUCAAAGUUGAAGAGCCUGAUAAUGGUCGAGAACUCACAAUUUCGAUAGGACUACAGUGCCACACUGCACCUUUCUCGUGGAAGAUCGUCUUUGAGUGUGAUUCUCAAUUGUACGAAAUGGUCAUGACGGCAUGUAAUCCCCGAGAACAAGACGAAUGGCGUGGCCGUCUGGAGCAGUCAGCGAAGGAAUGUCAAGAGCAAUCCGAUCCCAACCUGUUGUACAGCUCAAUGUCGCUCGACAUUCGAAGCCUGGGCACAGUCUUUGGAAAACCAGGUCAGUCCGAGUCUUUCUCCCGCGCGAUGUUUUUUCAAGUGACUGAGUACGAAUUAGGUACGGUGGCACGACGCAUUUCCAUGCAUCGGGCGAUGACCAUUGGCUCGAAAACACCUCUGUGCCAAGUCAUUUUGAAGAACACCAGUGACGUUCGCGAGGCACCUGCAUUGCCUCUGAACCCAACGAUCAACAGAUCGCAGUCGCUCUUAUCAACCUCUGCAUACAGAGUGCCGGUGCUGGCACCGCAUCGUGCCGAGCGCGCGCGACUCGAAGCCCUGCUGUCGGAUAUCUGGAGUCGUGACGUUCUCCCUUUCCCUAGCAUGACAGGGAGGUCGAGGAGUGAGAAUCUUGUCAGAAGCUCCGCGAGCACUAUGAUGCGGAAGCUGAGUGUCACAAGCAUUACUAGUUCUUUUACGAAGCGGUCGAACAGUGUUGUGAGCAUGACGAAACUCAUCGGCGAAGACGAGGCUGCCGAUGUUCUCGAAAUGCGGAGACCAGUAUCCAAGUUAUCGAGAGUGAGCAGAUCAUGGACCGAGCAAGACGGCGACCUCCAGACCGGACCGACCUGUGGCGCCAUUUUGCAUCGGAUUCGGGACGAGUCCGAGAAGAAGGAUUCAGGCAGCACGGCCACGGGGGUUGCGUUGGCUCCGACGCCAAUCGAAGUUCUCGGUCAAGGGAGUGCAGAAGCUCAACACCAAGACGAAGAUGUUGAGAUGAGAGACGUCGGCCGAAGGGACAUCAAGACGCUACAGGAGUCCCCAACAGGCAGCCGCACUGUCAGGAAGGGCACAAGAAGGGGUAGGCCGGUGCCACCAACCUCCCGACCCUGCUCAGCGACACCCACCGGUUCGGUGAAAGAGGAGCCCUGUCCUAUGGCAGCCAAACGGGCUGCGAAGAAGGCCAAACUUGCGCACGGGGCGGGGCCUAGCCGGUGGGGCAAGGUCGGCGUGCUCAACAGAGACGUAAUGAUACAAGGUAUUCGCAGUUUUUUCCGUUAG